AUGAAGUUCAACCCCUUCGUGACCUUGGACUGCAGCAAAAACUGCAAAUGCCUCUUCAAUGCCCCUUUGCACAUGUGCCACAAGAUCAUGUUUUCCCCGCUCUCCAAGGAGCUGCAGCAGAAGUACAAUAUCUGCUUCAUGCCCAUCCGCAAGGACAAUGAGGUCCAGGUGGUUCGAAGACACUACAACAAAGGUCAGCAAAUCAGCAAGGUAGUACAGAUGUACAGAAAGAAACAUGUCAUCUACAUCGAGUGGGUGCAGCAUGAGAAGACUAACAGCACAACUGUCCACAUGGGCAUUCACCCCAGCAAGGUGGUUACCACCAGGCUAAAACUGGACAAAGAUCAGAAAAAAAUUAUUGGAUGCAAAGCCAAAUCGCGACAAGUUGGAAAAGAGAAAGGCAAAUAUAAGGAAGAACUUAUUGAGAAAAUACAGGAAUAA